AUGGAAAAUAACAAUUCAAAUGAUGAUUUGUUAUUAGCUCUGAGAGCUAAUGAAAUAAAAACAAGGAAUCGAAUAUCCUUGGUCUGCCAAGCAUGCAGGAAAUCUAAAACCAAAUGCGAUAGAGAAAAGCCAAGAUGUAGUAGAUGUGCAAAGAACAAUCUACGCUGUAUUUAUAAUGUUGCUAAGAAGCAGGUACCACAUAAAUUAGCUAAUAAGGAUGCUACCAUUGCUAAAUUGCAGAAUGAUGUGGAUUACUGGAAAGAAAAGGCAACAAAUUUGGCAGAUCCAAAUAGAUCAGCAGACCCAUCAGAUCUGAAAGUGAACCUCUACAAAGAUUUCUCUACUAUGAUUUCAAGCAAAGUCAUGAAACAUGAUGUCAAACCACUAUCUGAAAAUUUUAUCAUUGUCCAGGAUAAAUUCAUUUCUACCUUAAUUUCGUCAAUUUUUGUAGAUCGCUCCAAUUAUGCCAAUUCUAUGAUCCCUGCUUUGACAGCAAACGUUAGUAUUUCAUGUGCCCAACCAAGUGUUAAGACUAAUGCAUUGAAGCUGAAAGAGAUACUGAUUAAGCAGUGUAAAGAUGAAUCGCAAGUUAAUAGGAUUGACGAAUUUACAGACCGCAUUUUACAGAACACGAACUCUUCGAGAAAUUUAAAGAUUGGUAUGAUUAUUUCCUUACUUUAUAAUACUGUCGGUCAUGAAUAUUUGGAAGAUCGUUGUCCUAGAGAGGGUGAAUAUUCAAAGCUAUUAAAUAGCUUGAUAGAUGAAUUUGAGACAUUACUACCACCAUUCUCUGUAAUAAAUUAUUAUAAAGAGCAUUUUUUCAAAGCUCUAUUUCCAAACUUCCCAUUUCUAGAAAAGGCUCUUUUCGAAGAGUCAUUAUCAAAUGUAUUGCAUGAAGAUCCCAGCGAUGCCUCCAAAAUAAAAUUGGAACUAGGAUUUAGUCAUCUAAGGACAAAAAUUGAAAAUUUAAAUAUUUUACUUGUAAUUCUGAAGUUAUCCUUUAUUUCUUUGAAAUAUAUGACAUGUUCUAGUAACUCAGCAUCAGUGGAACCAGCCACAAAAAAAAGGAAACUAUCAACUAGCGUAGAAACAGAAGCUUCAAAGGAGAAUAUCAUCGAAAAAUAUCCAAUUACAAAUGAUUUUAUCCUACUGGCACAACGUUGUUUAGCCUCAGAAAACUGGUGCGCAUGUCCAAACGAAAAUAUUAUAUCAUGCAUGUUAUAUAUUUGGACUUUUUUUGCAUUUUCACCAGAAGAGAGCGACUUUUUUCUGGAAAACCCCACUGAUAUGAUUGCCAGUUUGAUUCUUAUGCUAUCAACAUCAAUUGGCCUCCAUAGAGAUCCGUCAGAUUUCUCUCAACUAAAAGAUGAAAAGAUUUCCACCAAGCGCCUGCUUAACUUUCGUAGAUUACUAUGGAUAUGCGUUAUUACUGUUUGUUCCUAUGAAUCUUCAUUGAAAGGAAGGCAUCCAUUAUUAUCAAGAGAUUUGUCUUCGCUAUCUCUAAAUGUUGAUGAUCCAGAAGCUCUCAGAAAAUACCUUGAAAGGGUAAAACAUGAUCUAGUUUCUGAUGAGGAUGGUAGGAAUCACGAAAGCGACAGAUAUUUACUUAAUAUUCAUGAAUAUACCCAUAAACGAGUGCAGUUGUCCCUCUUAUUAACAGAUUUUGAUGACCUGACCCUAUCCAGUAACAAAGCUUUUCAUUUGAAGUAUCUUGAAUUGAUGAGGGAGAAAAUUGAAGUUUUCGUAAAAUCUCACUUUGAGAUUAUUGACUUGAAGAAGCUAUUGCUGAAUAGUAGGAGGCAAAAACGUGCACUAAGUGAUAAUGUUGACACCUCCGAAAAAGCGGAGGAAUUUCCAGAUAUCAAUCUAGUAUCAUUUCAAAAUGCUAACGCAAUCCAGUCACGUAUAAUGUACAAACUGGUCACUCUGAGAUCAUCCCAUGCUCUCCUAUUAUAUUUCGAAAAUAAAUUAUCUGAAGAACCGACUAGUCAAAACUCAGAAUCCAAAAGUUUUUAUUUAGGUCUUUAUUCAAAAUAUCUUAAGAGGACAUGUCUCGAUUCUUUAUCAAUAAUCGAAUUGUUCAAUAACUUUUUUAGUGGAAAAUAUUCAGACUAUUUGUUGCCUGCAUCAAAUUACCAUAUUAUUAAAAUGUUACAAAUAUCACUGCCUACUACGCUAUUCAGUUUACUAGGCCUAAUAAUAAGGAUCAGUUCGACCAAUGAUAUUUUGUACACCGAAUGCCAGAAAUUUGUCAACCGUUCUGAUAAAGCCUCUAAAUCCAUUCUCAAGGAUUUGAAUAUUAAGUUAGAAAAAAAUAACAUGCUGCAAAAAGAAUUGGAAGCUUCUCUGGAAGCUAUCUACGCUUUUGCCUCUAACCAUUUGAGAUUUCAGUAUUUUUCAGUUUUCAAGCUAUUUGCCCUCUUCGAUGUGAUCAUUCGUAGGAUGAGAAGAGGCGAGUUGUGGUUAGGGAUAUUCAAAUUGGCAUAUUGUGACCAAACACAUUCUAGGAUAUCCAAAACUAUUAGAAUGACUUUAGGUGUACAAAUAGACGAAAGGGAGAAAUUAAUCGAACGACUAAAGCAGAAAAAUCAUUUACGUGAUAUUCCAGUGCAGGAUUAUAUCAAUCUUCAUGAAAAAGUUCAUCAAAAAUUUGAGAAGAUACCCAAGCCAAAGCUACUUCACGUGGACAAUCCAAUAGGAAAUUCUACGAACAAUGGAAGUACUCAUAGUGCUGCAAUGACUGAUUCUGACGAGGUGGGGGAGGAAAAUCGUAGAAUGACCCCAUUUGCUAGCUUGACCUCCGAUGAUAGUCUGCAGAAACUUUCUUCUGCUGCAUUGAUAUCACAGAGCCUUGAUAUGCAAACAAGGUUGAAGAGCUCCUCAUUUCCAAAUAAUUUGAAUAAUGAUGCUAAUAUCGCCGCUUCAACAUAUUUUGCUGAAACUCCUAUUAAUCUGGAUAUACAGAACAAAUUUGGUAGUGAGACAGUUACUGCUAAUCACGACAAUGUUGCGGAUGUUGCAGGUCAAUAUUUGCAAAACUCAACGGACCAAAACAUGCCUGGAUUUGAAUUCUCAGGACUUUUUGGUGGUUUGGAUUUAUUUGAUUAUGAAUUUUUAUUUGGUAAUGAUUUUUCCUGA